AGUACAUUUUGUACUGUACAGGCUGCGGGAAGAGGUUGUACUCGGUUCCCGCCCGCUUGUUUUUUUUUCCUUUUUUACAUUUUAUAUUGCAUUUCAUAUUUUAAAACAAAAUUGCGACAGAUAGGGAAGACUGGAAUAUUUUCAAGCAUUUUUUAUUAGAAAGAGAAAGCGCUCCGUCGCUACCCAGGUUUGUGAAUGCCAGCAAUAGGAUUCAUCUGGCUGUUGUGGUGAAUAUUUCUACCAGGAGCAGACUUUGACAGGACACAAAAAUCGAGAACUGUAUCUUCCGGGAAGAAACAAUGGAAAACGCGGCUGUCGUUUCUUUGCAGUGAAAACAAGCGCGACCGAGUCGUCCUGCUGCACUGCAUAGGAUUGUCGCUUAUCGUCGAGAUCGCAGGAACAGAGCUCCUGUCCUUUGAGACAAUUCCACGAAAAAUGGAUUCCGCUAAAGUCAGUGGCGUAAUAGCUUAUAUCAGCUCUUCAAGCUCUGCGUCGAGCCCCGAGUCCUGCCACAGUGACAGCUCUAACAGCAGUUACCACUCCCUGCCCCCGUCUCCCAGCAGAAGAGUGAGCGCAGCGGGAGAAAACCGAGGAAAUCACAGCCAUGGCCGCUCCCAUUCCACAGCCAAGAUUGGCCACUCCACAGCCGGCAAGUGUGGCAUUACCAAAAUUAAUGGAAUGGUGCUUCUAUGUAAAGUAUGUGGAGAUGUGGCAUCUGGAUUUCACUACGGUGUCCAUGCCUGUGAAGGCUGUAAGGGUUUUUUUAGAAGAAGCAUUCAACAAAACAUUCAGUACAAAAAGUGCCUUAAAAAUGAAAACUGUCCUAUAAUGAGGAUAAACAGAAACCGCUGUCAGCAGUGUCGUUUCAAAAAAUGUUUAUUGGUUGGAAUGUCUAGAGAUGCUGUUCGCUUUGGACGCAUCCCAAAACGAGAAAAACAAAGAAUGUUACUAGAAAUGCAGAGUGCCAUGAACAAUAUGAUGAAUAAUAAUCAGCUAAAUAGACAGACUCUACCAGGAGAAUCAUCUCCUGAAGGUUCAGCAGAUUUUAGAUCUUCAUCCUCCUCAGCGUCCAGCUCUUCUUCACCUGCACCCCCACAGGAGUAUCAGGUAGAGACAGAGACUUUGGAUUCCAGUCUGGAGAAGAUGGAGACAACUGAAAGCCCAUUUGGGUCUGAUAAUAGCGAGGAUGAAGUUAUAGGCACCGUCACAAGAGCUCAUAAAGAGACUUUUAUGUAUAACCAGGAACAGCUGAGCAAUACAGAUGAAGACCUUCAAUCGCAGCAUGCAAACCAGGAUCUUGGUAAGAGCACAGAAGGGGAAAUGAGAUCUCCACACAAUAGGAACAGCUACAGUGGCUGCCAGUAUUCAGUCCAGCAAACAUUGUACAUGCCAAGUGAUACUUCAGCUUUCUGCCCCAAUUACAACAACAACAGGCUGUCGAAUGGCCACUGCCCAAACUAUUCAAAUGGGUUUUCACACAAAGGCUUAAACUGUGCAGAUGCCGAGGUGUCAAAUAAUAGAAACUUCAGUGGCCCAGGGUGGAGAGGAGGAAACAGAAUGCAUUUGGUGUGUCCAAUGAGCUUGACUCCGUAUGUUGACCCCUGUAAAUCUGGACAUGGCAUUUGGGAGGAAUUCUCGAUGAGUUUUACUCCAGCAGUAAGAGAGGUUGUGGAGUUUGCGAAACGCAUUCCUGGCUUCAGAGAUCUCUCCCAGCAUGACCAAGUCAGCCUUUUGAAAGCUGGCACUUUUGAGGUUUUAAUGGUUCGCUUUGCAUCCUUGUUUGAUGCUAAGGAACGUACUGUCACUUUCCUGAGUGGAAAAAAGUACAGUGUGGAUACUCUGCGAUCAAUGGGUGCAGGAGACUUGCUGAAUUCAAUGUUUGAGUUCAGUGAGAAGUUAAUUGCUCUGCAGCUUAGCGAAGAGGAGAUGAGUCUGUUUACGGCAGUCGUACUCGUUUCAGCUGAUCGCUCAGGAAUAGAAAAUGUGAACUCCGUGGAGGCGUUACAAGAAACUCUGAUCAGAGCGCUGAGGAGCCUAAUUAUGAAGAACCACCCCAACGAAACUUCCAUUUUUACCAAACUUCUUCUGAAGUUGCCUGACCUUCGCUCGCUCAACAACUUGCACUCAGAGGAACUGUUAGCCUUUAAAGUUCACCCCUAGACCUCAGCUUUGUUUUUUGUAAUUCAGUGGACUCUUCUUUUAGUUAAUUAUCUUGGUUGUAUAUUUGGCAUUUUUUUUUAACCUUUUCUUUCACAUCCUUUGGAUAUGUGAAUGUAGAAUUUUAAAGAGGCAAAACCUCUAAAAAUGAGAAUCUUUGUACUGUAUGGCUGUUAGCCUGUAGCAAAAAAAACAGACAGACACACGACUCUGACGUACACAUUUUCUGAAGCACCUUUUUGUUAAGAAGACAAAAUCUAUAAUGUGAGUGCAAUAUAAGACUCGUUUUUGUCCUUGUUUUGUCAAUAUUUUUUCUAAUUUGAAAGUGAUUUAUAGGAUUCCCACAGUGGGGGACGAAGAGACUGUAUAAUAUGCUAUUCAAGUUUCUAUGUUUAAGCGUAGGCCGAGAUGAUUAUCGACAUAAAGUCAGCUGUGCCUCUGUGAACCUCUGACGGUGCCUGGCAGGUAACUUGGGUUACAUUACAAAAAAAAAAUAUCAAACAACAAGUCUCUCUAUAGAAUGUGGUUUUUGCUGCUAAUGCAUGGCUAUACUGUAUGACUGGGCAUUGUGUAAAUUGACUUCCUGUCUUUUUUGAUCGUGUGCAUUCAUAAGCCACAAGUAUUGCAUUAUGACUGUCAGUUUUCUACGACACAGGAAGAUGUAAGACGUUUUGUAUUUGUAGCCUUCUGUUUCCCACUUUCCUUCCUUUCUAAAAGCGUAAACCUCUCCAGUCAUUAAGGACUCGAUGAACGUCACAAACACUUUUUUCCAAAUGUGGAAGAAUAUCAACAGCCGACCUCUGUGAAGCCUCGUUUGGUGCUGUGAGGCCUGCUGGUGGCAGAAUGAACACUAACAGCUUUAAAACUCGUGCACGCUUGUGCAAGGCAGCUGUGGGCGGAGUCAUCUCAUCACGGAUCUGCAGACGUUUCCAAAGACCCCCCGAUGAAGCGGCCAUUUACAAAAUCACGGGCUAACCAACAACGAAGUGAAUGUCAACUGCUUACACGUGAGCAGACCGGAGCGUGGAACCGUUUGGGCUUUCUCUUUGAAUGUUUGUUUAUCAUGCUGUAGAGUUGGGAAUUCUUCUUUCCAUAGACGCUGCUGCUUACUUUCAGUGUAGAGAUUGUAUUGUAAAGCUUUUAUUAACUCGUUUGUAGCUCUGAGCAGAGUCUCCUUUAUUUACCAUUGUAGGACUCGCCUACAAGUUCAACUCUCUGGGUCAACUGGAGCUGGCGUUCUGCACGAGGUUAUCUCGAGGUGACCCCAUGUCUCUGCCGUAAUGAAAGCCCCUUCAGCAAUCAUCUCCGCGGUGUUCAUAGUUUUAGGCCCCUUUGCAGGGUGCGUCGCAGCAGUGGGUUCGACUACAUGAACGGUUCUUAGGGUCUGCUUGUACAAAUCUCAAACAGUAGCACCUUUCUGUCACGUGUGUGUCACUUGGGUACUUCUGUCUAGUUUUGUAUUUUUGAAGGCCAGAUCCAGCAUUGCAGGCAACAACUUCCCGACUUGCACUGAGCAUGGCAGCAAUACCAGAAGCGAAUUUAAUAAUCAUAAUAACAAAACAUUUUAUUCAUAGAGUACCUUUCUCAUGCUCAAGACUUUGACCGGACCACCUGCCACUGCAGCGCGAUUGUCUGUUGGCGUUCCCUUCAUUAAGAGCGAUUGCCAGCGGGGUCUUUACAGACGCACGCCAUGUGAAGCUCACUUUGAGAGCUUGGGUGCCAAGUCAUCGCUUGGUGUAGACUUUGUAUUUCUAACAGACACACAACGUCAGCGCACUUUUGUUUAACUGUGAACUUGACAUUACUGCUCAGUCGGCAGUUGUUCCAGUAAAUUCUGACUCUGCAUGUUGGCAUUUGAUUACUUUAUACGCGUCCUGCCACGUUGGACUACAUUUGCAUGGAGCUCUGAUCGUCUUGGCAGCACUCUGAUGCGGUGUUACAUACGGUAAUAAGCGUAGGCUGAGAGGACGUCACCCCAGAAAUGCAGGGCUACCCGUGUUUACUGCCGUUUAUGAAGUGUUUCAAGUUUGUGGCCAAAUCUGCUUUGCAUCCGUCCGCCAUUCCACCGUCACACCUGCCUAACCCAUCUCAGGGUUGUGGGUGAAAGUGCUCUUGUUGUGUAUUACAGAAUGAGCGGGCGUGAAAUUAGGGCGACGCGUACAGCGUGUCUUAAUGACGGCCAUGCGCUUCUCCAACGUCGAGAGUACAGCCUAACUUACUGCAUAAACUACGAGAAGAUGGCCGCCGCUUAGUGAGACUGAUGUGGGCGAUUUGUUCACUGCAGUGAGAGCACAGCUUGACAUGACCCCGUGAUUGGGCCGUACCUGGUGGUCUCUGCUUGGUCCGGCACUCAUUUACGCUUUCUGCAGUUGACCCUGCUGGUCAGUUCCGAGUCUUUUCUGUUCCUUAUUCUGUGAAAAAGGUAGAUUUUAUAUAUAUAAAAAAAUAUAUAUAUUAUAUAUGCAAAAAUGUUAUGUAUGCCAUUCUUUUCAUUCUGACAGCCUUUUUUAAUGUUAUAUCAGUGUUCACAAAAUUUUGUGCAAAAAAGUAGUUAACUCAUUUGUAAACCUUUUUAAUGAAAAUGUUUGGCUGCUAUUAAUGUUUCGCACUGUGCAGAAAUUCUAAAUGCUGAAUAAUAAAGGCUGUUUUGUGGGUCA